CCGGGUGGUUCUCCCUAGUCUUGACGGCAAAUCCGCCUGAAAAGACAAUUGCCCGCCUAAUAUUAAGCGACUUUUCUCUCCUUCCAGGACCGGACAGCUAUCAUCCAAACUGGGUCGUGAAGUCGACUAGACCUGCGGGCCAAUAAGAUGGAUUCACCACACCACAUGGGCAUUCGCGAGCUCAAUGUGAGCAACUGGCACUCUCACAAUGCCCUUACCGAUACCUUCAAUCAUGCGGUCCCCGCCAUCAAGUCAAGUGCAGCUUUCUUCACAUUCCUCCGCGCCAACUUGGUCCUGAACCCAUCCGCCAUGUCAUCCAACACGAACACGCCCGUCCUUCAGCCUACGGUGGCACCCAACCCCCAUCGCCCGGCAGCACCAUCUCCACUGGCAACAUCUCAAACCCUCGACCCCUUCGACGACAUCCCUCCCUUGUCGCUCGAAGUCCUCUCCACCCGCGAGGACAAGGCUGAAGCCCUCCACCUAGUAGCAGACUCCAUCGCCCAACAGCGCCAACAAGCCGCCUACUCCCUAGUCUUCCACCCCGUCCCGCUCGCAGGCCUCACAAUGACCCUCGGCGUCGCCUACCAGUACUCCUACGCCCGCCGCGGCGACAUCGGCCUAGCCUUCACCCUCUUCAGCGGCAUCAUCAUGACCUACCUCCUCGCCAUCCGCUGGGCAACCUCCGGCUACCUGCCCCUCGCAGAGCAAAUGUCAUGGUCCUUCAUCCGGCCCCACCCAGACGCCUCCGCCGACGAAGAAGACCUCGUCCUCGGCACCCGCUUCGGCAACGAGCUCGUCGGCGCCCUGGUUCUGCACCUCGAGCCCGCGAGCCCGGCCGUCGCAUCGACUUUCAGCAGCCGGCGCCGCAAUAAAGCCUCGAGCUUCCGCGGCGGUAAAGGCAUCAUCCGCGCCUGGACGACCAAGCUCCGGUACCGCGGCAAGGGCGUCGGCACCGACAUGCUCGACGAGGCUGUUCGCAUUACGCGCGAGCGGUGCGGUAAGGACGCCGAAGUCGGCUUCGCGCUCGAGCACGCCAACAGCCGCAUGGUCAUGCCCGAGUUCUUCAACGGCGUGUUUAGGAAGCGCGAGCGCUGGGCCGCCAAGACGCUUGAUGGCGUGUUGGCUGAGCGGGAGCUCACCAAGAAGAAGAGGUGAAGACCGUCGUCGUCUUCUCACCUUCACCAUCUACAAAAAACAACAGACAUUUGUUCUAUUUGGUAUUGCUACCUAUUUAUUCGCAAGCUUUU